AUGGCUGAGUCAGCAAGAAUCAAGGCAACAUUGACCUGUGUCCAUCUAGAAGCAAGAAUGUUACAGACUGAACAGGGUGCUCAACACUCGCAGCAAUAUGAGGGAGCUUGUGGCCUGGAUGUUGAAGUGUCUGGGCGAUGGGGACAAGGUCUUGCUCCGGGUUUGACGGGGAGACAGUUACCUGUGAAGGGUUACCAGGUUGCUGGUACAAUGAGCAAUAAGGACUCCUCAACUCCGGUGACCUACCCUUGGCCUCACGGCGUGGUGCCCUACGUCAUCCACGAUUCUAUAGCCAAGGACAGCGCCAAAAACCAAGCAUUACUUGAUGGGAUGAACAUCAUUAUGAAGAAAACAGCUAAUUGUAUACAAUUCGUACCAAGAAACAACCAUUUAAAUUACACCCACUUCACCGGCGAUAUUUCAGGUUGUUUCAGUGAUGUUGGUAUGAAGCACGGUGCAUUGGCAGUGAAUAUAGGGGAUGGUUGUGGGACAGCAGGGAUCGUCAUGCAUGAGUUGCUGCACGCCCUAGGAUUCUGGCACGAACACAGUCGACAAGACAGGGACGAGUAUGUGAAUAUCCACUACGGAAACAUCAUAUAUGGAGAGAAAAGCAAUUUUCAAAAGAGGUCUGUCCAUGAAGAUCUUGAGACAUGCGUGUCGUAUGACUUCCACUCCCUUUUGCACUAUAAACACAAUGCGUUCUCUCAGCUAUCGACGCUAGACACCAUUACGCCGACGGAAUAUUUCAGUCACUUGGUGAAGAAGACUGAACUUGGCCAAAGGGAUCAUCUCAGUAUUCUUGAUGUUGCAAAGAUAAAGUGGCUUUACCAGUGCCCUCAAGUAUGCCAAAAACCAGCAUACAUAGUCGAUGUAAACAUACAGACGGACCCGCACACUCCGCAGUUCACGGUGUGUAGCUCUUUGAGCUAUGGCUGUAAAUCCGACAGUUACUUUUUGGUUGGUCCUAAGAAAAGAAUAUGCCGAAUCGACGGAACGACAGGCGUUGGAAGAUGGACUGGGCCCGAACCAUUUUGUGCUGUCUAUUAUAAACACUUUUCGUAUUACAAGAUAAGUGUAUACUGUGAUAUGGAGAUCAGCUGUUUGUCACAGUUCAAAAUCACCACAAGUAGCACUGUACCCGGGGCGGGGUGGAAAUCCCAUGCUGGGGCAACGAUGACACCUGGUACUGGUCCGGACACGGAUAAUACGUACGAGAAUAAAACAGCUUCCUACUUGUUGAUGGAUGCCAGCAAAAUGAAGGAAUCGGAGAGUACCAGUAUACACAUUACUGGAAUUCUGCUCCUUAAUCCGUUCAACCCAUCAGUCUGUAUAAUGUUUUACUAUAGCAUGUUCGGCAAGGAUAUGGGCAAGUUGACUGUGCUAGUAAACGGAGUAAGCAAGUUCGAGAUCAGCCCAGAGGUGGACAACAGGUGGAGGCGCCGAGAGUACGUCCACACAAUCAACUGCAUGUUUUUCUGCUGGCCUGUAGUGGAGGUGGAAAUUAAAGCGACCCGAGGACCGGGGCCUCUGUCUGACAUCGCUAUUGACGACUUAUAUGUCGGACCAUGUUCUCAUUGACUUUAUAAAUAUUGAACAAUGACAGCACAGUCAAAAACAGCACUUUAAUGGAUGUACAUGAAUUGUGAACGAAGAACAAACAUUAACUAUAUGAAUA